CUGUGUGAAUUUGGCGCCAAAGGCAAAAAAUGAGAAUUGCAGAGAUAUCAUCAUCACCAUCACCUUCAACUCAACACCAACAAGAUUCCCAACUCCUUCUCUCUCAAAUCGAAUCUUCAAUCAAACACUUAGAACAGUUCUCUUCAACUCUCAACAACACUAACACUAACACCAUCUCCUCCAAUCUCCGUCAAUCCCUCACUCAGCUGAGUCAACUCGGUCCCUUCUCCUCCGAGUUCAACCUCCAUCUAUGGAAACUCAGUUACCGUCUCUGGAACUCCUGCGUCGACCUCUCCAACCUCAAUCCCAAACUCCGCUCCUCUUCUUCUUCUUCUGCUGCUUUGUCUCUCGACCUCGCCAAGCUCCGCCACAUCGCCGCCGAUAUCCUCUCCCUCGCCGGCAACGUCUCCGGAGUUCCUUCUCCGUCCAUCAAGUCCGCUUCCUUCUACUACAAAACCGGCCUCAUCUGGCAUGACCUUCGCCGCUUCGACCUCGCUUCCUCUUGCUUCGAGAAAGCCACCGAUCUUCUCUCUAACUCCAACGCCGCCGCCGCCAUCUCCGCUGACGAUUCAACGAAACUUCUCCUCGAUGUCAAUCUCGCCAGAUCUCGUACGGCCUGGGAACUCUCCGACCGAAACCUCGCCGUCGCUUUGCUUAGCCGCUCCAAGGCCUUGCUUCUCUGCUCCGAUCUCUACGGUUCGCUCGCUAACCAGUACUUAGCCUUCGGGAAAUCUCUUCUAUCGAAGAAGAAUGAGACUGAAUCUCUCUCCGAAGCUCUCAAAUUGAUGAAGGAAGCAUUGGAUCUGUGCGAGAAAGUCGGAAACGGAAAUCUGAGAGAAUUGAGAUGGAAAACGCUGCGGUUCAUCUCAGCCGUCCAUUUACAGAAAGAAGAGUACGAGAGCGUGAUCAAGUGCGUUAGGGUUCUGAGACAGAGUGAGGACGAGAAAAACCAGCAUCCGAGUCUGCCAGUAAUGGCGGUGAAGGCCUGGUUAGGGUUAAGAAGGUUCGGUGAAGCAGAGAAGGAGCUCAGGGGCAUGGUGGUAAAUACCGGAAUUCCGGAGGGCGUUUGGUUAUCCGCGGUGGAAGCCUAUUUCGACGCGGCGGGAGGGUCAGCUGGGGCCGAGACGGCCAAGGGGCUGUUCUUGGGGCUAAUGGGGCGAUGCCAUGUCAGUGCGGGGGCGGCGGUGAGAGUGGCUCACAGGGUGGUUGGGGAUGGUGUUGAGAGUGAGGGGUCUAAAGUGAGGGCUAAAGUGGUGGCAGAGCUGGUCUCGGAUGACAGAGUUGUGGCUCUAUUUGCAGGCGAGGCGGUAGCUAAGGAGAGGAUGGCAAUGCACGCUGUGCUUUGGAAUUGUGCUGCUGACUUCUUUCGAUCAAAAGAUUAUGGGACAAGUGCAGAGAUGUUUGAAAAAUCAAUGCUUUAUAUUCCAUAUGAUAUUGAGAGUAAAAUUCUCCGAGCUAAGGGCUUUAGAGUUUUGUGUCUCUGUCACCUUGGUCUAUCUCAGCUUGAUCGAGCUCUAGAGUAUAUCAAUGAGGCUGAAAAGCUGGAGCCCAACAUAGCCUGUGCUUUCCUUAAGUUCAAGAUUUACCUGCAAAGGAAUGACCAUGAUGGUGCUAUUAGUCAAAUCCAAGCAAUGACAACCUGCCUCGAUUUUACAACAGACUUUAUCUCCCUCUCAGCUCAUGAAGCUGUUGCUUGCCGUGCUCUUCCUGUUGCUGUGGCUGCUCUAUCAAAUCUACUAAAAUUCUAUACCCCAGGAAAAUCAAUGCCUACAACAGAAAUUGUAGUGCUACGUACCUUGGUUACAAUCCUUUCUCAACAGCCUGGCAAUGAGCUGGAAGUUGUGAAAUUUAUAAAACGUGCUCAUAAUCGAGCAUCUGAACUUGUUUCAGAUAUCUUCUUUGGAAAAGGGGAGAUUGGAAGACGGGAACGGAAUUGGUUUGCUGUAACUUCAUGGAACUUAGGGACAAGAACUGGAAAGGAGGGUAACUAUGAACUAUGUGCUGAAUUUUUUAGAUUAGCUUCAGAAAUAUACUGUGUUCCGGUUGAUGGGCAAGCAGAAGAAAACAAUGUUAUGGUUUGCAAAUCGUUAAUACUGACCGUAUCUUCCAUGAUAGCUUCAGAGAAACAAAGGAAGGCUGCAUUGUCAGAAAGUGAAGUGAAUGAAGCUGUAAAACUGCUAGAUAAAGCAGGGAAGAUACUGAAGUCAAUCUCAACUGGGACUCGACUAAAUGAUGAUCAAAUUACCACCCUUGAGCCUGAUCUCUUCUUCAUAUACACCUUCAGUGCCUAUGAUAUAAAAGGAAGGCUAAAUGAUUUAGCAUCACAGCAACUCCUGGUGAAAAGUUUUGCCAGUUCAAAAGCUUGCAAUUCCAAACACCUCCUUCAGAUAGGCCUUACUGCCUCGCAGGCUCCACAGUCCAAUCAUGAAGUAGCUACCUUUGCUUUAAAUGAGUGCCUCUCAUCACUCCUUUCUUCUCCAUCUCCAGAUUUUCAAAAUGUGGCUCUUAUUCUGCGGAAGCUUAUUGCAGUAGCAAGUAUUCAUAAGGGUGAUACAGAUGAUGAUGCUGUGUAUGGCAUGUACAAGCAAGCUUACCAAAUAAUGGUGGGGUUGAAGGAAGGAGAGUAUCCUACUGAAGAGGGAAAAUGGCUUGCCAUGACAGCAUGGAAUCGGGCAGCACUGCCUGUGCGAUUGGGGCAGAUUGAAAUGGCCAAGAAAUGGAUGAAUAUUGGUAUGGAGCUUGCUAAGCGCAUUCCAGGAAUGGAGACUUACAAGGCAUGCAUGGAAGAUUUUGUUGAUUGCUUUCAAAAGAAAUGUAAUGUGCAGAAUAAUGGUGAAAAUAGGCCUCAGCUAGUGGAAUGAUGUAUACAUCUGUUGUACAGGAAAUUAAUGGUACAUCUUCCUUGUACAGAUAAACUUUUAGGUGCAUAUAAAAUUUACUCCAUAUAAU